ACGGCCUGUAUCCAUGGAAUCUUCUAUGAUUGGCUUACCAGAAAAGGAGAAGUCUCCUCAUAGGCAGGUAAAACAUGGUGUUACUCAGCAUCCCACAAGUCAAGAAAGAGGGCGACCUAGUAGUAGCGGAGAAUCUAAAAAGGCUCCUAGACCAGUUUCAGCUUCAGCUAGUCCACGUUCAAGACCUAAACCUGUCUCCAAGACAGUUGAUACUGUGGAUUCAUCGGGUGUUCGACCUCGUCCAGUACCUCGACCUUCAGCACCAUUGAUAAAUGGCGAUGAUGGCCGUAUUUGGUUAAAGGCAGCACUUAAUGACAAUUCCAAAAAUGAAAAAGAAAAACUGAACAAGGAGUUAGCUAGCUAUGAAAUUGAAAAACAGGAUGGAGAAAAGAAACCAGAACCGAUGAAGCCUGUGAAGGAGGAACUAAUUGAUGGGAUGGAUCAUCGAAUAGUACCAUCACCACAAAAAUUUGAACCUCAAUCACAAGAAGAAGACAAAAUAACUGGAGGUUUUACUGAAAAACCAAGUACUGCAGAAGCACCACAUGAUGCAAGAGAAAUGGCUCCAACAUCACGUAAUGGAGAGAAAGAACCUAUACGACCAAACAGUUUACCAGCAGUGAAUGGAUUGGCCAAUGGAAAAGACACAGACAGCCCAUCACCACUGCCUGAGCUAACCCAUGGAGGUCAUGUUCCUCUUACAAGAGUCAAGUCACCUGAAGAAAUGACCGGUGUAAAGUCACCUGACCCUGAAUCUUGGACAGUUCCACUGGAGACGGGACCAGGAUUAGAAUGGAUGAAUGGACAAACACCUACCGAUGGAGGAAGAGCCACAAGUCCGCCCAUGCUUAUCUCCUCUCUCCGCUCGGCUCGUGAACUACCUUCUCGACCUGAGGCCAUGAUGGCAGAAAAACAACAAACCUCUCAGCCUGAGGUAAUGACAGCUGAGAAACACCCAGUCACUCAACCAGAAGUCAUGUAUGCAGAAAAACAUGCUGCCACACAACCAGAGACCAUGCAUACUGAUAAUCUUCCUACCACAUGGUCAGAAAUGCCUAGUCAGUCUGAUUUACUGAAAGACCAAAAGGAACUGAACACUCUCCCAGAUUCAGUUAUGGACCACAAGAAAACACCUGGAUCAGAGAUGUUACCAGUGCAAAAAGAAGUUCCAAGAACUGAUUCAGGGAAACAUAAACAGCCUCAGACAGCUGAUGAUGUACCUGCUGUUCAAAUUGUUUCACCCUCUAGUGGAAGAUCACUGGCAUCUGAUGUUUUGGGCCGGGCUAGAAGCAAAUUUGACCAGUUUUGGAGUAAAAACAAGUGAAAACAACUGUUACUUUUGUAACAUCCAGUGUUAUGUAACUGUAGUAGUUUCUUGUAGUAGUCUGUGUUCUUAAUGUAAGUUCAUCUUACUGUGUAGUAAUGUUCUGCUCUUGUAUAAUAGGUAGAUAGAGAACUAGGUAUCUUUUUCUUUCUCAGGACUUGUAGGAUAGAGGUUUUCUGUCUGCUGUGUUCGUUUUGUUGUCUGUUCCAUUUGUUAAAGAAGUGCUCCUAACUGGCUGAGGCAAGUGAAUAGAUCUUUGGUCCUUAUUUAUUUCCAGAAAGAUAUUUCAUAUCAACUCAGGAAGUGUUUGAAUUUUUUUUUUAGUUUUCUGUUAAGUAGGGUGGGGGGGAAAGCCCAACCAUAGCAGUAUUAUGUCUGAGUGGAUUUACUGAAAAAAAAAAAUGCUAUUUGUACUUUUGUUGAAACUUUGGAUAAAUUUUUCUAGUUCAUAUGAAAUUUAGUGAUAGGGGAAGUUCCUCUCAGAAUUAUUGUAACCUAGAAACUAGAAAAUGGUAGUGUUUCCAGUAAUCCAGAACUUACAAGAAGAACCCAUUUACUGUAUUGCAACAUUUUGUGGGUUAGUAUUGAUAAUGUUUAUCUUUGGUCCUUUCUGGACGCUACUGUGCAAAACUAAUCAUGUUUCUGCUGUUCCUUUUUAUUUUUUUUAAUGAAUUCAUGUUGACAGUGGACUAAGUUCCAUGUUUAGUUUUCAUAUCAGUAUUUUAAGCACAUGUGCACCAAUUCAGUUAAGAGCUAAUAGCAUUCAGAGAUAUAUAAACACAAAAGCUUUAGACAACAUCUUAGAGCCCAAAUUGAACAUUUUGUUCAAAUUAUUUAUCUUGUUUAUCUUUUAUGCUUCAGGA